GCUGCGCGAGCCUGGACAGACAGAGGGAUCGCGCGCGCCAGCGGCCACUCGGUCGAUUAUUUAUCCAACAAGUGCCCGUCAGUUUCUCUCUUUCUCUCUCUCAGCGGGACCGGUCAACUUUAUUUUUGAAAUGUCAUUUAUGCUUGUUAGUUAUAUUAACACAACAGCGAAGCGAAAGAGGAACGUUUUGACUUAAACCUCGUUUAUUGACCAGACGCGCCAACUUUUAGGGAAUUAUUAAAAAUGGCGAUGUGCUUGUUAAAACGUUUGCGGCGUCCCGGUCGUUAAAGUGUCAGCAGUUUUUUUCUUUUCCUCUAGUUUUUAUUACUUCAGGUGGAUUUUUAGGUUUUUUUUUUUUUUUUUUUUUUAAUGUAAUUUAAUAAUAAUAGGCCUAAUAAUAAACACUAAUCACAACUAAACUAUAAGGUAAAGAGGUGUGUUGGCACGGAGAGUUUUGACAGGAAGGUAAUGGAAAAUGAUGAGCCCGAAUCGCCGGACCCGAACCACGACAACACUCAGGGUAAAAGAGGAAAUUCAGUGCACAAGAAAUCCCAUCUGACUCAGAUUGAGGUGAUUCCAUGUAAGAUCUGUGGAGAUAAGUCUUCAGGGGUUCAUUAUGGAGUUAUCACUUGUGAGGGCUGCAAGGGCUUUUUCCGCAGAAGUCAGUCCUCCAGCGUGCAGUACUCGUGCUCCAGACAGAGCAACUGCCCCAUCGACCGCGCCAGCCGUAACCGCUGCCAGAGCUGCCGCCUCAAAAAAUGUGUCGCCCAGGGGAUGAGCCGCGAUGCUGUGAAGUUUGGCCGCAUGUCCAAGCGUCAGAGAGACUCGCUGUUUGCAGAAGUUGAGAGACAUCGACAACAGCAGCGUCUUCAGGCCAACUCAGUCCAAGAGCCUCAGUCUCUCCCAGCCUACCAAUCCAGCAAAGAGCCCAGAGAACAGUCAUCACAUCUCAUCCCGCCUCUACCUCCAGCCUACCCUUAUUCUGUAGAGCCUGAACUGCCAGGCUGCCCACCGGAGGUGCAUCCAUACCUGGAGUGCCGCAUAGGCGAGGCCCAGGCUCAGAGUCUGGCCUACAGGAGCUCCCACAGGAGAGGUGAGAGCAACAGCUUGUCAGCUGGUAGAGGAUUUGAUUCUACACGGUCUACACCAGAGGCUAUUCUGAAUAUGAACGGCAGUGAAAUGGGGUUUCGUCCUUUUGACCCUGAGAGCUCGUUCUUUUCCUAUCCGACCUCUUUGCACAUAGAGGAGAUCUCGGCAAGUAUCGUUCGUUCUCACAGAGAGACAACUCAGUAUCGACCGGAGGAACUGCAGGCUCUCAGAUGGAAGGUUUUCAGCAGGGAGGAGAUCCACAUUUACCAGAGCAAAUCGGUGGAUGAGAUGUGGCAGCACUGUGCGGUGCGGUUGACCGAUGCCGUUCAGUAUGUGGUGGAAUUUGCUAAACGUAUCCCAGGAUUCCGUCAGCUUUGUCAGAAUGAUCAAAUUGCUCUCCUCAAGAGUGGGUCCAUGGAAGUUGUUCUGGUCCGGAUGAGUCGGAUGUUUAACACAGAAAACAACACAGUAUUUUUUGACGGCAAAUUUGCAGGAACAGAACUUUUCAAAUCUCUCGCAUGUAGCGAUCUAAUAGCGGCUGUAUUUGACUUUGCUCACAAUCUGUGUGCGCUGAGACUGACUGAACAGCAGAUGGCGGUGUUCACUGCACUGGUCCUCAUCAAUGCAGUAGAUCGACCAUGUCUGGAAGACAGAGAAAGAGUGCAGAAAGUAAGGAGAGAUGUGGAGCUUGCUCUUAGUCACAUCCUGCACAGAGACAAUCAGGAGAGUCUACUGCAUAAGCUGUAUCAAAGAGUGCCGGUGCUGAAGUCUCUGUGUGCACUGCAUAUUGAGAAACUGCGAUGGUUUCGGCAGCUUUACCCUCUCACGGUGCAUUCCCUCUUCCCUCCACUAUACAAAGAGCUGUUCGGCUCUGACACGGAUAUACAGACAUUGACUACUCACUAAACACACACAGACACACAUUUCAUUUGCAGAUGCAGAAAUGAAACGACAUCGCACACAUUACGCACACACAAAGUUACAUAUAAAAGUGUAUGCAAUCAAGAUCUAAAUAUAUUAUUUACCUGCUCAAGAAGUUAAAUAUAUUUUUGUAACUCUCAGAACAGAAAAUAAUUUUAAGAGAAGUAUGCAGUAUUUUGUGCGAAUUCUACUCUGUAGGCCGAAGCAAAAUAUUACUAUGAAUGCUAUUCAGUUUGUCUGAGGAUAUAUUUUAAUGUUUUUGAAGUUUUUGAUGACCUCGAUGGUCUUGAAUUCUAGCUGGUACAAAGGUGCAUUAGAUCUGAUCAUUAGAAUGUUAUUUUUUUAUAGAGAUUUUACCAGCAAAUACCAGAUUACAAAUGAUAAUAUUUGCAGAUCUCAAAGCAACAUGUUGCAACAUGUUCUUUGUCAACAUACUUUCCAUGAGCUGACUGAUGUUUGAACUGGCGGCAUCAGACAUUGGAUGAUUUUCAAGCUUCAUUUACAACAUUAGAAUCCCUUUUUAUUUCUCAGGCAGUACAGAGACAUGGAUGCUUAAUGAUUUCUGCCUCUUAUAAUAUAGCCUAUUACAUUAUUGCAUUAAUUUAAACACGAUGAUCUAUUAUGCGUCACCUUUUUUUUUGUACUUCCCUUCUGUUAAAGCUUGUAUUAGUGCUUGUAAUGCUCAUCUUUCAUUCAUUUCACAUGGAUUUGAGUAGAAAUUGUUGAUUUUGUUCUUGAACUCACCAUUCCAUUCAAAUAGACCAUCUUAAGUUUAUUCAGUCUUUGGUCAUAGAUGAUUUUCUCUGUUUUUCAGUCAGCUGAAUAAUUAUUGUACUUGUAGAUUUGACAGUAUUUAUGCUCAAGGGUCUAAAAUUGUAUAGAGUACUUCUAUGAAAUAAAUCAAAUAUUAUGUGCUUAUUCAUUAUGCUUGUGUAGACACUUAGAUUGAACACAAUUCAAUUGUGUCUCGAUUGCACAAUUUCUGUUCAUGUUGUAUUUUAUGUCAGAUUUAAUUUAUCACUCACACACAAUUGAUGAAACCCUGUUAUUGUUUCGUUUUUGUUCUGUUUUGAAGCAUAAAUCCUUGCUUACUAUCUAUUGUGUUGUGUUGCUUUGCAGAAAAUGCCUCAAAUAAAACUCUGAAAAGUGUAAACA